UGCCCCGGGGUGUGGAGAGGACGGGACGGGGCGGGACGCGGCUCUGGCACCGGGGUGACCUCGUGGUGGCCGGGGGCGGCGGGCGGCGGCUCCGGGACCCUCUCCCUCCGCCAACAGCCUCUACUUCCGCCUCGGCGCCGUGACACCGUGCGCGCUGACGUCGCGGGGUCGCGCUUGCCGUGCCCCCGCACCCGGAAGCGAGGCGCGGCUGCCGGUGCCGCUCCCGUCAUGUGAAGCGGCGGGACGGGCUCCCACAGGAGCGAUGGAGCCCACGGCCUCGCAGGUGUUCUGCGGGCGGGUGCUGGGCAUGGUCAACGCCGAGGACGUCAACGCCAUCAUCCUGGCCCAGAAAAACAUGUUGGAUCGGUUUGAGAAGACGAACGAGAUGCUGCUCAACUUCAACAACCUGUCCAGCGUCCGCAUGCAGCAGAUGAACGAGCGCUUCCUCCACCACACCAAGACGCUGGUGGAGAUGAAGAAGGAUCUGGACAGCAUCUUCCGGAGGAUCCGGGCGCUGAAAGGGAAGCUGGCGAAGCAGUACCCGGAGGCUUUCAGCAACAUCCACGAAUCCCCCAUCCUGGAAGAUGACGAUGACUUCGACCCCAUCCCGAAAAGCACCACGACCACCAUUGCUACCUCUGAGCAGAGCACGGAGUCCUGUGACACCAGCCCCGACAUCAUCUCUCCCACCAUGAGCCAGGAUUUCGAGGAUUUAUCCCAAGGCCACUACGAUUUCCCGGCCAUGAACGGACAGAGUCUCACAGAUGAGGACACGGCCAACGACCUGGACUGAGCGUGCGGGUCCUGCGCCCGGGAGGACUUUCUAUCCUGUAUUUAUAUUGGUGUGGGGGUUUUUUGGGGGGAGGGGGAAAGAAGGAAGCGAUGUUGGGGAAGAGGGGCACCUGCCCACCUCUCAGCUGCCACCGACUGUAAUGUAAAGCCCACGAGUCGCUCUGGGGUGAAUCAGUAAAUCCUGGGUUUCAAA